UGCCAUUGAAGACCAGUUUUGACCAGAGAAAGACCAAGUUCUCCAGGAUGAUUUUAAACACAGACGGAAAGCCCCUUAAAACUCAUCUGGGAACUCUCAGUGUUUUGGUUUUCCUUCUUCUCCUAACACACUGUAGAGGUCAGUCUCAGCUGAUUGGCUCAUCUCAGCCAAUCGUAGCAAACCUUGGUGAUGACAUCAUUUUGCCGUGUUACCUGGAGCCGGCGGUAUAUGCUGCUGGUUUGACGUUGGAGUGGACGAGGCCCGACAUGGACCCCAGAUUCGUCCAUGUGAUGCGGCUUGGUCAUGAACUUGUGGAUAAAAAACAUGAAUUAUUCAAGGGAAGAACUUCAAUGUUCACCGAUGAGCUGAAGAACGGAAACAUUUCCAUGAAACUCUCCAUCGUACAACUCUCCGAUCAGGGGAAAUACAGAUGUUUCAUUCCAGAACUGGACCAGCAAGCAUUUGUUAAACUGGUUUUUGCAUCAGGUCCUGUCUCUCCGCCUGUCAUCAGUUUAUCAGGGCUGGACGGUCAGAGCGGAGGAGUGGUGCUGCAGUGUGAGUCUGCAGGCUGGUAUCCGGAGCCUGAGGUGUUGUGGCUGGACGCUGAGGGAAAGCUCCUCUCUGCUGGACCUCCAGAGACAGUCAGAGGUCCUGAUGACCUCUAUACUGUCAGCAGCAGAGUGACUGUGGAGAAGAGACCCAGCAGCAGCUUCACCUGCAGAGUCCAGCACCACAACACCACCCGCACCACACAGACACACUUCCAUGUUCCAGAGGAUUUCUUUAAGCUCCAGUCCAGUUCUUCUUCUGUCAUUAUUGGUCUGGCCGUCAGUUUGGCUGUUUGCAUUCUGUUAAUGCUGGCAGUUUCUUUCUUCUUUCUGUGGAGAGAACACAUAUUCAAGACAAAGAGAAAGCGUUCGGAUGAAGAUCAGUUUCUCAAUGAAGGAGAAAGAGGACAGCUGAUGAAACCUGACGCUGUGCAGAUGGAGGCUUUGAAGGGAAACAUCGGAAAGAAGAGCAAAAAGAAAAAGAAAUCCAAGCAGCAGCUGCUUGAGGAGCAGAGGAGGAGGAAGGAUGCUGAGAAGGAAGUCCAGACUCUGGAAGAGCAGCUGCAGAACAAGAAGAAAGAGGUUGAAUCCAAACAGUCUGAGCUGCAGGAUCUCCAUGCAGAGAAACAGAGGAACGAGAAGGAGCUGCAGAGCCUGAAGGGAGAUCUGUGGAACAAGAACAGAGAGCUGGGGAGAAUUCAGAGGAGCCUAAACAGCAUUUCCAGAUUUGAUCAGACUUCGGAAAGAGAAGAAGAACAGAAGAAGAAGGCUGAAGCUGAACAGGAAGUGGACACACUGAAGAAGGAGCUGGAGAGCAGACAGAAGGAAACAGACACCAACAUCACAGAGUGUGAAGUGAAGGAAGCUGAAGUCCAGCAGCUGCAGGAGGAGGUUCAGAGGAUGGAGACCAGCCUGCAGACCCUGAUGGAGUCCAUCAACACGGAGCUGGAAAGAAGCCGAGCUGCUGAAGCCAGUUCUUCCUCCUCUUCACGGUUUAAACAGAAGAGAUCUUCCAGAAAUGAGUCUCAGGAGGAUCAGAAGAGGAGGGAGGAAGCUGAGACAGAAGUUUCCAUCCUGAAGGAGAAGCUGCAGAAUGAGUCCAGAGAGGUGGAGAGACUACAGGCUGAUCUGCAGAGAGGAGGAGAGGAGACGGCUGAGAAGAAGCUCCAGGAGGAGAAGAGAGGAAGAGAGGAAGCUGAGAAAGAACUGAAGGAUCUAAAGGAAGAGGUGGAGAGCAAGGCGCAAGCUGUUAGAUAUGAGGAGCAGCAGCAGGGCGUCAGCUCGGAGAAUCAGACCUCAGACUCAGGAUUUAAUAUUGAUGUCGACCAACGCUGCAAAUAUAUCUGGCUCAGAAACAAAUCCACUAAGUACAAAAAGCUGGGAGACUGGGUGUUAAAUCUGCAGGUUAACGACAACGAACCCAGCAUGUACACAUUUCAUCAAUCUUUGAAACUUGAGGGUGGAAGAGAUGUCACUAUGUGGGUUCAAGGUCAAGAUCAAAAUCGUUCUAACACUGACCUGGUGUGGUUUGAUCUGAAGCCCUGGAGCUCUGGAGACAGACUGAAGUUCACCCUCUACAGCAAAACUGGGGAGAAGCAAUAUGUACUCUGUAUGACAUCCACCUAAACAUAAUAAUGAACCUCCUUUGUUCUGCUCUGUUGAUCUUUCUCCACUUUUAUUAGAAGUUUCAAAUAAACUCUCAAUUUCAAAAACACAAAAAGCAGGACUUUAAGGAAGUACCUCACAUUGAGAUGAGAUGAGUCCUGAGAGAAAGUUCCCAUUAUAAACAUUAUGAACAGGAACAGCACGACUUCCUGCUCAAACACAGGUUGUUGUGACGCUCAGUGAAGACGAGGAGAUCAACCAUUUACAGACACACUUUUAUUAUUCUGAUAUUCAACAGUUUAAAACAUGUUUUGUGGUAAACAGAGCUCCCUUUGGUUGAUGGCCACUGCUUUUAUAUUUGACUGAAAAUCUACUCUUUUCGUAAAAAAUAAUAAUUUAGAAAUCUCAGAAAUGGAAAUGUUUGAAAUUGUGUUUUAUAUUGAUCGGUUC